UGGUGUCUGUUGAGAGUUGAGAUCACUAAAAGUUUCAAAAUUCGAACUCCUGAAAAAUUUUGUGGCAGGUCGUGUCCUACGUACACUUUCAAAUGAAGCCAAGCAUUUUCCUAUACCAUCAUAUCAAAUUCGAGCUACGUAGCUCAAACAUCCGCGGAAUCUACGCUACUGCCACAAAACUGGAGCACACACACACAGAUAUAUUUAUAAUUAAACGUGCAGCUCUGGGAGCACGUUAUUUUUAGCAAACUCUCACAACUAUAGCCAUUGUAAAAAAAAUAAGUACCACGUAACUUCCAUUCCGCAGAAACCGCCUAUGGCUUGACCCACAAAACCCAAAAACCCCGCACCACCAGAGGAAAAGCAUGGCCACCCCAACAUGGAUCUAGCCGAAGUGGUCGAAGAUCUCAUCUGCACCUUCGACUCCACGGGAGACACCACCAUGGACACUCUCGCCAUGUUCGUCUUCGGAUGGAUCCUGGCCGCCCUCUUCCUCCUCUGGCUGGGCAAGAGCCUCUACGAGAGGCUACAAGCGAAGCCCACCGACCCCGGCAAGCCCCAGCUCGUUGAAGCCCCGGCCAAAACCACCGACAGCGUCGACGCCGUCAAGAAACAAGCGCCGGUCACCUCUAGGGGCUACGUGCCGCCUACGCCUCCUGUCAGGAAGAGGCUGACGAGGCAGAGCCCCGCGCCUGAGGGGCGGGUCAAGAGGUUCGUGCCGGCGCCGCAGGCAACGGGGCCGGAUAAUGUUUGCGUGCUGUGGGUGAACGAUGUGUUCCAGUGGCUGUACAACGAUUUCGUUAUUGUCAACGAGUUGCUGGGGGUGUGGAUUCAGGCGUUGAACGAGCAGACGAAGAAGUCUGUGAGCGAGCAAGGAAUUGGCGUGGAGCUGAUAAGAAUUUUACCAGAAACUAAUCCUCCUCAAUUAUUCAACAUUUUUGCUGAGGCUGAUUCAAAGGACGAUGUGACUAUUACAUGCGACUGCGAAUCGACGCCCGCCUUCCAGUUGAAGAGCUUCCGGCAACGCGGCGACAAGGUCGAAACGUCACACUACCGCGUCGACGUCAACCGGUUUCGUGCGCGACUCAACGUCUUCUGCGUUUCGGAAAAAUUGCAAGCUAGUGUCAAAUGCGACGGUUGGCCGGAAAUCAAGAUAGCUUUGGCACCGGUCGGGCCGAUCAAAAACAACUUGGACGAGACGCAGUUGCAGGAAGUCAUCAGUGAAAUUGUGAUGACUGCCAUAAGAAAUACACAAGUGGACCUGAAUUUAGCACAGUAUCCCACCUGUCCUAGGCUGAUACGCCAUGUUGCAACCCCUGGUCAGAUUCUUCCUGUCCACUAUGACAGCAUGUCAAAUGCUUAUACUUCGACUCCGAACCACCUGGGAGGUAACAUGGUUCACCCUGGAGAAAAACGACUUUUAGUGAAGGUGGUUCGAGCCGCAAAAUUAGGUGCCACUCAAGGCUGUACAGAGCCAUUUUGUAUAGUGGAAAUGGACGAACCACCACAGAAAAACCAGACUUCCGUACAGAAAAAUACCGACUCACCAUUUUGGGACGAACAUUUCUUAUUUGACUUAUCCCCGACCACGGCAGAACUUCUGUUCGAGAUCUAUGACCACGCUGUAAAACCGCACAGAUUCCUCGGUUUGGGUAUAGUGGGAGUCGAGGAACUCCUCAUAAAUCCGUCUCAGAGGCAGAUCAUCACCUUGCAAAGCCGACCUUACGAAAGUGAUCCUGUAUCAGGAACAUUAACUGUCGAGUUUCUUUUCAUCGAAGGUGCUGAUAUACCGAAUUUGGGCGGUACCCAGCCUUAUAAAAUAAAAGAGACUAUAAGGACCCCUUCACCCAGUAGAAAUAAGUUUUCCCCAACUAAUUCACCGACGUUCCAUAACGAUAACCACAUGAAUGGUGAUCAUUCGGCUGAUGCGGCAGCAAUAAGAAACUUAGAUAGGAAUAGGCAACUUUCUAAUAUGAAUAAAAGCACCCUGGUGAUACACAGUGUACAAAGGCAACCCUCUCAAAGGCUAGUGAAGGUUCAACUCAACAACGGUAACUGGAAGGAGAUCGAGAGAAUAGAGAUGAACGUAGAGGAGACUGAACCGGAGAUGACGUCAUCGAUGGAACACGAUGAUAAUAAAACAAAUGGUGAUAUUACAACUGCUGAAGCCAACGGCGCUGCCAAUGGGAAUAGUAAAAAUCUACCAAAAGAGGUUGACACUAUUCAGCCCGUCGAUUUUUCCACAACGAAGCCCCAACCGUCCACGGAAAACGACUACAGAGGCAGGCCGAGGAAACGCAGAGACUUCUUCGGAACGAUAAAGAGGAGAUUGGGCAAGUCCAAGAACAGAUCGAAAUCCGCUGGACCGGAAAACGAUAUGGGACGAGACGAUUCCCUGAACAGAUCCGUUUCGGCUGAUAGAGGACGACAUGACGAAAGCUAUCGCCUCAACGUGCCUGGCCAACGUUCGAUGGAAGAGACCUCGCGCAGAUCCAGCCUGUCCGAAGCCUCCGGCCUGAGUAGUGCCUCCACCAGAACCUACAUCAACGAGGCCAGCACCUUGGUGCUCGAGACGCUCGAGAACGGCGUCAAGAAGCACUACCUGGUGCCCCUGUCCUUGGCCCAAAAGUCCAAAUGGCGGAAGAAAGGGACUAAGUUGCAUAUUUUCAACGAUCACACGUUCGUCGCCAAACAUUUGCAAGGUGGCACUAUCUGUCAAGUUUGUGGCAAGAGUAUAGCAAGGAGAUUCGGAAAACAAGGUUACGAGUGCAGAGACUGUCUGAUAAAGUGUCACAAACACUGUCACGUGAAAGUUAACGAUAGUUGCCCAACAUCUACCAUCCACAAUGUUGAAUUGUCCUACAUCACAAAUCCAUUGAACAACAAGAAUCUUUCGCUGCUUUAAUUACCUACUCUUCAAUUGUACCAAAGGAAAGGGUAGAAUUAACUUUACUAUAUGAAAUUGAGCACAAGUUUAUCUUUCAGCUUUACAUGAAUCACAUAAUAUAUCUGUGUUAUUUUUGAAAAUGUAUGGUUCAGAUAGAUAU